AUGCCGCCAAAGAAUCAGAAUGCCUCUCACUGCACAUGUAAGUACUGUGGGCGAUCCAACCAGGACACACCGAACCCUUGGUUGCCCCCAGAGCUUAGAGAGCAGUCGGGAAAAGCAUUUCUCCAGUUCAGACGUGAGAGGGGAAAGGAAUGUACUUCCUGUUGUGCUUUGAUUCGUUCCAAAAAGCGUGACUUCUACGACGACCCUGAUCUAGAGAUUAGUCUGCAGAAUGACCAGCGGAAAAAAGAUACCUUUCAGAGUGACUUGGAAGAAUUCGAAGCCAAGAAACGAGACGAUUUCACAGCCAAGAGCAAUAGAAUUCCAGCCAAGAGAGUUGAGGCGUCACACUCGACAGGUUUCAAAAUGAGAAUGGUCAUGGGCUAUUUUUGGCCUAUAGACGUGUUGAGAAGAGAACGGAAAGAGAUACCAAAAACACUUACCACCAUUACCUACAAUGGUCGCAACUUGAGGGGAAUCAUCCUGGACAGCAGUCAUGGCACGCCAAUUGGUGUCAUUGAAAUGGAGAGCUACGAUGACAAGACAGCUUCAAAGGUUGCUACACUACAGGAGGGUGACGAGGAUGAGGACACGGGGGAGAUAUGGCAAAAGUGUCAGGAACGCAUGAGCCUGAAGAACAUCAAUUCAGAUGAGCAUGGCAACGUCAGCCUUGCUUGGCAGUCAGUUGGUCCAACCUGUGAUGAAGGAAUGAACCUGUUGGAUGAUAUCUGGGAAACCAGAAUGCCUGCAGCUACUUGCAAAGGAAAUGCUGCUGCUAGGAAGAGAGCUUUGGCUGAUGAUGAGGAACCCGUGGCAAAGAGAUCGAAGCCGUCAAGUGGAUUGAGCAGCAGUGGGGAUGCGCAACCAGCCAAAAAAGGCAGAGCUGCUACCUCUGGCUCAGGCAAAACUACUGCUGCGUCUUUGAUUCGAAGUUUGAACGGGUGUGACUCAUUGUUGCUUGAGGCUCAACAGAACCUUGCCAUGUUUGGAGAGGAUGACACAAUGAAUGCCAUCGCCAUUGUUACCAUCACCAAACUCAUUGACAAAGUUGAGUCCAAGUUGACCGCCCAGUCAGUUGAUGUUUUGACUCAAGGAUGGGAAGCAGGACAACCUGAAAACCGGGGUACUGCUCUUGUGGAAAAAAUGAAAUCUAUGGCAAGCUCCCUUCAAUUGGCGAAGACUCUGGCGAUUUGCUUGCAAGCAAAAUCCGGAACUGAGGACUGGUGGGGUUACGGGAACAAAAGACAGGACUACUCUCACUCCAAGCUGGAUGAUGCCAUUUCCAAGAUGAUUGGGGCUGGCUUGAAGGUCUCCGCAAUUGCCUGGAACGUCUCUUUCAUGCGGCAAACUGCCGUGCCCAUGGAGUCAGGAGAAUGGGAUGCUUGGUUUGAAGCCAUGGAUUCUGGGCAUCCCAGGCUAGAUGAUGGAGUGUUGGGCAAGCUUCGUUGCACUUGCACAGUCAGGGCAGUUCAGUUCAUUCUUGAGUCUGCACCCGAUCGGAAGGAACAGUGCCAAGACGCAUGGCGUGCCAUAGUUGAUUUGCUUGCAAAGGUCUCAGCCUGUGGAUGGUUUGAGAAAUGUGAUGCUCCAUUUCAGGAAGAGGUCCAAGGUCUUCGUGCAAUGUCAGUCGUUGGAACUGAGAUGCAUCACUCUAGUGCCGAGAAUCGGGGGCUUGCCGAGACUUUCAGAAAAAAGACUCAAUCACCUGCCAAACUCACCAUGCACUUUGGUAAGGUGUUGGCCCAGUCGCCUGCCGGCUUGCAACUGAGUGCUGCUCUAUGUGAGGUGUUGGCUGCUCAAGAAAAGCUUUCAGGUUGGGAGGAUGAUUUGAAGGGAGCUAUGGAAGUUCACCGUCUACUACCAGACUUUGUCCAAGAUGGUUUCUUGACCAAGGACUUUGACAUCGUCGUUCCGAUGGCGGCAAAGGUUGGGGAGAUUCAAUCAAAGCUAGCAUCCUUGUUGUCAGCCAGCACUGACAAGUUCCAGUCAGACAACAAGAAAGACAUUGAUUUGCUGAAGGAAUUGCAAAUCAAGAUCGCUGGCAUGAUCAGGGAAGCAUUAAGUAGGCGAGUGUUUCACAAAGUUCCGUCCUUGGCAGCUGCCAUUCAGUGGUGUGUCAAUGGCUGUGUCAUGCAGCCAAAUGCGUCCAAUGCGGACUGGGAUUGUCAUGUGAACGCAAUUAUCGCUGCCAAGUCCAUGGUGGUUCCCAGGACCCAAUUUGCAAAGCAUGUGGGUCCUGAUUUGGCAAAAUCGUUAGGUGAAUUCGCUUCCGACUUUUCCAAGUUUCUGACUGCAGCAGAGCAGUUUUGUUGUUGGCUGAAAGAUUCCCAGGAUGGCAAGAACUCAGAGAGCCUGAGUGUUUUCCAAGCAGAAGCAUUCGUGGAGUUUACCAAAUACUUCCACCCAGUGUCCGCCGAUGGUGGCUUGUUCACUUUUGCUUUCACCGAGAUCCAUCCUGAUGGCCCUUCUUGGGCACGGGAAAUGAAAUCAUGGCUAUCGACAUGGAGUCAACAGCGUGUGAGUGCCAAGCUAUCUUCUUGCAAGAACUUUGUGGGUUUAGUUUUGCAAGAUGGGAUUAGCGCUAGUGAAAUCUGCCUUGAGUCUGUGACCGGUUCUGUAGACGGGGAUGAAGAGCCAGCUAGUAUCCGCUCAAGCAACCGAGAGCUUUCCAGUGUUGCUUGCACUGUUUGCUUUCAUGCGGAUUUGAAGCACGAAUUUGACUUUGGUGACACCAAAGUUGACUUGCAGAGUUUGUGUGCGGCCAGCAUUUACUUGCCCUGUGCCCGCUACACAGCAUCCGUGCGAGUUGUCAGUGAGAAAAUGUUGACUUCUUCGACCCUCAUGCAGUCCCAGAAUGUUGAGGAUAUGAAACAGCCUGGAGUGAGCAGAACAGAAAGUGCUGCCAAUUUGAUGACGGUGCUGAAACGGUGGACUCAGGUGUGUGAAGAUUGCCGCAUCGUGCUGUGGGCAUUAGAUGCCUCCAAGAUCAAGAUCGUUCAGGCCAAGUUCACAGAGAGUGUGAGCUUAGCAGAGUCACAAACAAUUGCUUGCAUUGAAGCAAUGCAUGAAGAGCUCGUUUUCUUGAAUCGCAACAUGUCUGACAUGCUUGCAUCGGAUAUCCUCAAACAUGUGGUGUCAAGUGAUCUCGAAGAAGAUCAUGGAUCAAGACCAUGCCAAGAAGCUUUACAAAGAAAAUACAACUUCUCCAGAUGCUACAAAGUUCUAUGUCACUUUCAACAAGACCCGUGCGUUGAAGAAUUUAGCUGA